AGUAUUACAAAUUCUAUGGUUUUUGCGGUUAAAACGUUCAUUCAUUGGGUAGAAAAAUUAGCAUGGAUGAUCCAUGCAGCUCCAUAUGUUUCAAUAAAGAUAUCUAUCGAGUUUAAACUAAGUUAUACAGUCCACGUGUACUUUGACAUAACUUGGAAACACUCUUUCUCGAUUUUAACAUCAUUGAUCAUGGUACUAGACUUGGAUAUUUUCCGUAAGGAUAAGGGUUUCGAUCCAGAUAAAAUACGAGAAAAUCAAAGGAAUCGUUUUAAAGAAGUCAAAUUGGUGGAUACCGUGAUUGAGAAGGAUAAAAUUUGGCGUCAACUACGACACAAAGCUGACAAUUUAAAUAAAUUGAAAAAUGUAUGCAGUAAAGAAAUUGGGGAAAAAAUGAAGAAGAAGGAGGCAGUGGAUGGUGAUGAUACUGUCUCGAAGGAUAUCCUUGAAAAUUUAGACAAUUUAAUUCCUGAUAAUUUAAAAUCAUUAACAGUCCCACAAAUUAAAACUAUUCGGAGUUUUAUUGAUGAUGCUAUUCGAAAAAAUGACAAAGAUUUGAUCUCGACCGAAUUUGAAAGAAAUCUUGCUCUUAAGGAAGUAGGAAAUAUUUUACAUGAGUCUGUACCCAUCAGCAAUGAUGAGGAAGAGAAUAAGAUUGAAAGAACUUGGGGAGACUGUACACAAAAAAAACGAUACUCUCAUGUCGAUUUAAUACAUAUGAUCGAUGGUAUAGAUGGAGAACGUGGCACUAAUAUUUCUGGUGGUCGUGGUUAUUUUUUAAUGGGCCCAGCUGUUUUCUUACAACAUGCACUGAUACAGUAUGCUCUUAGGCAGCUGUUUUCAAAAGGCUACAAACCGCUUUACACGCCUUUCUUUAUGCGUAAAGAUGUUAUGCAGGAAGUAGCACAGUUAUCUCAGUUCGAUGAAGAAUUGUAUAAAGUAAUCGGUAAAGGCAGUGAACACAAUGAUGAUAAAGAAAUUGAAGAGAAGUACUUAAUAGCUACAUCUGAACAACCAAUAGCAGCAUUUCAUAGAAACGAAUGGAUUCCAGAAAAUACCUUGCCAAUUAAAUAUGCAGGAUUAUCUACAUGUUUCAGACAAGAAGUUGGAUCUCAUGGACGUGAUACCAGAGGCAUUUUUAGAGUCCAUCAAUUUGAGAAGGUGGAACAAUUUUGUUUAACGUCGCCGUUUGAUAAUAAAUCUUGGCAAAUGAUGGAAGAAAUGAUCUCGAAUGCGGAAGAGUUUUAUAAAACUUUAGAAAUUCCAUAUCGUAUAGUGAAUAUAGUGUCGGGUGCAUUAAACAAUGCUGCUUCAAAGAAACUAGAUUUGGAGGCAUGGUUUCCAGGAUCAGGCGCUUUUCGUGAACUUGUGUCGUGCAGCAAUUGUUUAGAUUACCAAGCAAGACGAUUAUUAGUCAGGUAUGGUCAAACUAAAAAAAUGAAUGCUAGUACAGAUUAUGUUCAUAUGUUAAAUGCAACAAUGUGUGCAGUUACUCGUGUAAUAUGUGCAAUUUUGGAAGUGCAUCAGACAGAUACUGGUAUCAAGAUACCAAAUAUUCUUGCAGAAUUCAUGCCAGUUGAAUAUAGAACUGAAAUUCCGUUUGUUAAACCAGCUCCUAUCGAUGAGACAGAAAUGAAAAAGCAAAAGAAACAAAAGGAUAUUAUAAAUCAUUAACAAAUUUAACAUCCAUAUAUACUCUAAAAGACGAAUUUAAUAUAAUCGUAAAACGCAAAAUAAUUAUUUCUUCCAUUUGACAAAAGGAUUUCUUAUAAACUCGUUAUACAAUGCGAUUGUAAUAUUGUUUUUAUUAAUCAUGUAAAAAACAUAGAUUCGCAAUUUAUUGCUUUUUUCCAAUGUGACAUCUACAUAUACUUUAUUACUCUUUGAUUUCAGUUCACGCAAUCACACACUUUCGAUGUUCGGGUAUCCAAACACGUAUUCAUGAUAAUGUAAUAAACAGAGCUUUGAAAGCAGCAAAA